AUGGUUUCGACAGGAACGCGUCUCCGACUGGCAGAGCAUACUGGAACAAUCCGAUACGCUGGCCCUGUAGAUGGAACUACUGGAUCUUGGCUUGGAAUUGAAUGGGACGACCCGACCCGCGGAAAGCACGACGGUGUGAAGGACGGCAAACGGUAUUUUACGUGCAGAAUCCCUAAUUCAGGCUCGUUUAUACGACCCACAUCUAAGGAAAUCAUCUAUGGCUCUUCGUUUCUACCAGCUCUUCAUGCCAAAUAUGUCGAACAACUCCAGGGACCACAAGAAUCUGUUCUCCUGGGUUCGUCAAAUGGCGCCAUCCAAGUAGAAGCGGUCGAUCUCGAUAAAAUCCGUGCCAAGUUUGCCAACCUCGGCAAACUUCGUGAAGUCAGUCUGGAUACCGACUUUGUGUCACGAUACGACGGCCCUGAGGGUAGUAUUCGUGCGACAUGUCCCAAUGUACGUGGCUUGGACUUGUCCACGAGCCUUUUCUCCGACUGGGAGCCUAUUGUUGCCAUUUGUGCGGAACUGCCGUAUCUUGAACGCCUAUCUCUCAAUCGCACACGGUUGACACUGGCAAAAGAUGGUCUUACUUCAGGCUCGUUUGCAAACCUGAUAGAGUUGCGGCUUAACGCGGCGCUCGCAACAUGGGACGACAUCCGGCGAAUCACCAGCGCCAUGCCGGCAUUGAAAACAAUCGAAGUCGGGCACAACCGCAUUCACCAACUUGCCGGUUCCCUACAAGGAUCCACGCUGGAAUCCAUCAAUCUCGACAGCAACGGCCUGCACGACUGGAACGAAAUUUGUACCACCCUUAUGACAUGUUCAUCGCUAGAUCGUGUUGUCCUUGCCUCCAACCUGAUCACGACAAUCCCCUUGCCUCCGCGGGGACUAACGCUGGGUGUGCGACACCUCUCACUAUCGCAUAACCGCAUAGCGACCUGGCGCGAUGUCGACUCACUUUCCCUAUGGUGUCCCAGUCUACAAACCCUUACGAUGCUCGGGAACCCGCUCUUCGACGAUCCCGAGCAUGCCCGGUCGGCCCGGCAAAUGACGAUUGCGCGGAUCCCGUCUCUUCAGGCUCUAGAUGCCGGCGCGAUUUCCUCCAAGGAACGCAUAGACUCUGAACUGUUUUACCUUUCCCACAUUGCUCUGCAUGGUCCACAGUCUCUGGAAGCCCGCGUCGCUGCCCACCCACGCUGGACCGCUCUAUGCGAAAAGCAUGGCCGGCCGGAUGAACCGGAAAUCACUGGCCACCAUCAAGAUACGCUUAGCCGACGAUUAAUCGAGCUCAACAUAUUCCACUCUAUGACAGAGCCUCCGGUCAGCGCCGAGGGGCUAACAGACCGCAUCACGCUGCGGGCGCUGCCAACAAUGACUCUCCAUGCGCUCCGCCUCAAGCUCUGCAAAACAGCGAAACGGAGGCCAGGAAACACCGCUGUUGACAUCUGGCUCCAAAUGAACGACAGUGAAAACUCUUAUGCCAUCUUGGCCGAAGACCGCGACACCCAGGACUUGGCAUGGUUGGGCAUAGAAUCAGGAUCUAAUAUCGUGUUUGCACUACAUGACAUGUAA